AAAUUUAAAUGGGAGAUCUUGAUAGAGGAUGGAUUCCUUGGCAUGUGUUUAUACUGACUUGCCUAUACUGCCUUGUACCCUCAAUUGCACUCUACAUUGGAGGUACUUAUAUAGAUGAACCAUGGAUAUUGAUCCUGGUAAUUCAUUGGAUUAUAAUGGUAUUAAUACCCUGGAUUUUUGUGGAAGUUUUCCAUUUCUACAGAUAUGGCGAGUUCAAUUAUUUCUAUUCCUCUUUUGGAUCAUCACAAGAUUUUACAGGACUGAUUAUGGCGCUAGUCUUUGCUGGAAUUGUAGUGCUCAUUUAUUGGCUUUGCUGUGGUCCACUUGGAUAUGAUCUGAAAAGUACAGUUCAACAAUUUCCUCUUUCAGAUAAUGACUUUCUGAAGAUAUUGGAAAUUGCUUAUUUCAUCUUAAUCAAGCCACAUGUAGAGGAGUUCUUCUGGAGAAAUUACAAUUACGAAAUCUUUGGAAUCAAUGAGUUCUAUUUCUUACUUGUUUCCUUCUUUUGGGCUUUGACAUACACAGUAAUAGCACUUCUGGCAGGAGCAGAAUUGAUGUGGGCACUGAUAAUCUGUGCAAUCUUCAUUGCACUUGGAAGAUAUCUCAUUUGGGUCAGAUGGAAAUACGAAUGAUUUGCUAACUAUGCGGUGCACUGCGGAAUCUGUCUCGGUGUUAUUAUCUGCUAUUUCCUUGCAGAUGCAGGAAAAUUCUAA